GAGGAGAAAGCAGGCCUUUCCAUGUGCUUCCUGCUCACAAACCCACCCAGCCGACUACAAAGACAAGGCAAGAUCCUUUUGCAUUUAUCUCCCUUUGCAAUGCAACUCUUAAUGGGAAGCAUCUGUGGGACACAGAUGGUCUCCGGAGGAGCCCAACCAAGGCUGGAUUGGAUCCCUCCAAAGACAUCCUCUUUCCUCUUGCUCUGUCCUGUCUGUUGAUUGAAACCAGAGCCUGCCUGCCAUGGGGGUGUGAGAAGAGGGCGGGGAGAGGAGGGCAGCUCAUGCUGCUGGAGUUAUUAGUGUUCAGCUCUGAGUGAAAACAAGAGGAUCGGGACAUGGGGCUCCAUCUGCACCCAGCUCACGCUUCCAAAUGGGUCAGAGGAGACGUAGUGCCCUGUUCCUUGCAGGGAAGAAGAGACUCCCAGAGAUAGUCUGCAGGAUGUUGCUACUGCUGGUGAUGGGUCUGGCUUGGUCCUUCCAUGGAGUCUCCUGCUUGCCGCAUCCCAUCGGCCUCACAUGGGCAGAAGAGGGUGCAGAAGGGCAGUGCCAGUGUGUGCCACAGCUGUGCCCUAGAGCCACAGCCUGCCCAGCAGGCUUGGUGCGUGACCACUGCGGCUGCUGCCUGGAAUGCAGGAAUGCCGAGGGGCAGCCCUGCGACCUGGAUGGCAGUGGCACCUUCUAUGGGAGGUGCGGAGAGCACCUGGAGUGCCAGCUGGACAUCCAGGAGCUAGGCUAUGGGGAGAUCCCCAAGCCGCAAUGUGUGUGCAGGUCCCAGGGGGCCGUGUGUGGCUCUGAUCACAUCACCUACCAGAACAUCUGCAAGUUCCAGGAGGCCGUGCGUGAGAGAGAGAAGUGGAACCUCAGCAUCACCAGUGAUGGGCCCUGCCAAGCAGUUCCCCAGAUCAAGCACCAUCCCCAAGACCAGGUAAACGUGUCGGGCCAUGAUGUGAUCUUCAUGUGUGAGGUCUUUGCCUACCCCAUGGCCCUCGUGGAAUGGAGGAAGGAUGAAGAAGAAUUUGCUCUACCUGGAGAUGAUCCUCACAUCUCCAUCCAGAAGCUGCUCCCCCUUCCCUGUUUAGCUCCCCAGUGAACCCAGGAGAAGAGGCUCCCACAGCCAGCGAGGAAGAGGAGGAUUACUCUGAUUAUUACUAACGUGGUGCCAUCCCUGCCCCCGGCUAACUGACCCUGCUGCAGAAAUCAGAAUGGGCCCCGUCAGGACAGGGGAAGCAAAUGAGCCUGGAGGGCAGGGCUUUUCCAGCUUCCUCUGGCUGGUGCUGAGAUGUCCUGGAUCCUGUGAUGCCAACAGCCAUGGGCCAGGUCUCUCAUGAAGGACAUUAGGAUAUGGGCAAGAAGCUCCGAAGCUGACUCUCCUGCCACUGGCUUGCCUGGGGAACGGGUAAACGGACUCCUGAGGGUUAGGAAGUGCCCCUACCUAGCAUGCCCUAACCCCGUACCCUUCAUUCAGGCAGUGGUGUUCAAAGAGAUCAAAGGGGCCACUUGACUGAAGGAGCCAAAUGGACAUUAACUAGAUGCACUUACUGCUACUGAACGCUGCAGUAACACAGCUGUCCUCUAGAGAACCCUGGAGAGCUACUGCGCAAUGUGGUGAGGAGUGAAAUUCCACUCUGUGUAGCGGGGUCAACACAAAGCCUGGGAAUCGCUUCAGUCCCACUUAGUCCCUGCUGUGCAAAGGGCCAGCACAAGGGCUGUGCUUAAGAGAAGCACAGGCUUUCUCUCACCUUCUGUACACAGGUAAAUGUCACUCAGGGCCUUCAUUUUAAUGCUCCACAUUCUGCUGGGGAGCAGGGGAGUGCUGCUGAGGUUACAGUUGUAAAGAUGCUCCAGUGCUCCAGGAAUGGUAAGGGCUGGAUUGUAGGGGAAUAAAAAAUGAUGUGCGUGCAGUGCUGGGGAGCACAGUUGGCAAGAUUUCCCUCUAAGCUAGCCGGGGGAGACGGGGGAGAAGAUCAGAUCUGGAUGCAUUUCAGGGGAACCUUAGGCAGGUGCACAAGUUCUCUGCACCCCCCUGCAGUGCAUCGGAAGCAGGACUGUACCCAAGCCUGUCCCAGCAGCUGCAGGAUCCUAAUGCAGCCUGGGCUCUCCUCUUGCUAAAGGAUGCAGAGGGUGGAAGGGAUGGGGGUGGGAGCAAGGGAACAGAACAGAACAGACUGGAGAGUGGAGCACCUAGUUGAAAGGGGGCUGUAUCUGGUUUGCAAGCACUCAAGGAAAGAAAAUGAUUAGCUGUGAAAGAUGCUUCCUAUGAGACCUGUAACGGUUUAUAUCCUAUCUGCAGCGAGGGUAUAAAUAACAGCCUGUUUCCGGGUAGAGAAGAGCCUGGGUCUCAUGUAUAUUUUAAAUGAUUCCAAAGAAUUUCAUUCCUAGUUAUGUCCAGCUGGUGAGGGAAUGUGAUCUCCUGUGGUUUCUUGCAAUGAUAACACUUUGCCUGGCUCUGGUGCCUUCCAUCAGGGCCCAUUGCAAACAUUAGCUGAUUAGCCUUCAGCCUCAUAUCAUUAUCUUCAUUUUACAGAUGGGGAAACUGAGUUACAGGGAGGGCAAGUAAGUGACUUGCCCAAGGUCAUGCAGUCAUGAGCAGAGAGGCAUUAGUCCCCCUCUGUGGGCCAGGUUUCAUUGUCAGAAAAGCUUGCCCUUUAAUUAGGUGCUUAAGCAGGAGCUGAAGCUCUUCUGAAAACCUGGACCCAGCUGUGGAUGCUGAGGCUUGCUGCAAGUUCUGGCGUCUGAUAUCUCUGGGGUAACCACAUCUGGAAUAUCAUGUUCAGUCCUGGGCACCACAUUCCCAGAUCACAUCGACAGACUGGAAGGAGUUCAGAGAAGAAUGACAAGGCUGAUCAAGGAGGUGCGGAAAGAUUAAAAGAGCUAAAUCCAUCUGGUUUAGCUAAGCAAUGACUGAAAGGGGACGUGGUAACAGCCUGUCACUAUUGGAAGGCUGUGAACUCCAAGAAAGGAGAAGGGUUAUUUAUGGUGAUUCGGGAUUAACUAGGAGGAAUGGGAUAACAGUUAUUAUUUGUUUUGCAGUAGCCUGAGAGCCCGCAGUCCCAUAGUAUAUAGCAAAGAGACAGUCCCUGCCUCAAAGAGGUUGGAAUGCAAGUAAUGGUACUAGGAAAGGGACUAUCAGGACAGUCUUCCCGAUGGUGAGAUCCAUAAGGUGGUCUGGGAACUCCAUCACUUGGGAUAUUUAGGACUAAACUCUAGAAAACAGGCAAUAGGGAAGAAUCCUGCAUAGGUCUCUUCUAUGAACCCAGGAGUCCUGGGUCCCAGUUCCCUGCUCUAACUGCGAGAGCAUGUGAAUGCUCGCUUGCCAAAGGUCUUUGCAGUAAAUCCCCUGUAUAAUAUUAGGACGGGCACAAGGUGCUCCCACACGAGUACUUCUUGGGCAAUCACGGCCCCUUCCAUGUUCUUGGGGAAGAGGGUGUGUUAAUGUGAGUUACAGCCUGGUACCCCCCCUGAAAAGCCCCAGAUCUGAAAGGUCCAUUGCAAAGACCCUUGCACUGGUCUGAACUCAUUGGAAUCUCUGGAUAACACUUCCCCAUCCCAGGCGCCAUCUCCUCUUUCCCCAGCCCUUCAUCCCAGCUCAGGACCCCCCAGGCAGAACAGGAGCAGGUAUGCUGUCUGCUGCUGUGCCUCAUGGAGGAAGCUCUGGAAGGAUGGCAGCAAAUUGAGAUUAUGGCCCUUGUGUGAUCCAUAGCUGGGCUUAAAGGGACAGUGGUCUAGGAUGGGCACUUACUUUCCCUCUCCCACCCAUGAUUGCUCCCCAAGACCAUUUCCCUCUUGCCCAAUGGCUACUUCUGUUAUUCCAAACACCUGGAACAGAGUAACUGGCCUGUCACACGACUUUCAAGUGCCAGUGCCCCAUUUCAGCAGGGAUUAUAUUUUUCUGUAGACCGAGCACAUCAUGCAAAAAUUAUUAUAAUUAUUAUUAGAAAUAAAGUAAUUGAAAUAAUAAAAUACGAUCGGUUUAAUUUCAUUUAGCUUAACUACAAAUGGGCUCGAACAGCUACCCUCAAGCCAAACUUGCCGAAAUGUUAGAGACGAUUUGGAUCUGCAGGCUGCAGUGGACCCAACGUGGACACUGGAUUCACAUGUCCCCAAAUUUUGGGAAAGCUCAGAUUUGGAUCUGUAACUGAGCUUGGGGAUUCAGGCCUGAUGGUGAUGGUCUCUCAUCCCGCGGCCCGAUCUGUGUUUCAAGUUAAAAUGAAAUAUGCCAAAGAAGCAUCAGGUCUGCAGUGCAAGUCCUUCCCUCCACCCCAGCAGAUAGCAAAUUGGAACGUUCAGUAUUCAGGUUGCCCUGUUUCCCAGUGAAGGGAGUAUAGAUCUGAUAUUCUUGGGAUUUAGCAAUAUACUGAUGAAGCGGUUCCAGUCUG